UUUUUAAACUUGCUUUAGGUGAGCAAUAAAACAGCUUCCUUUAACUCCUAGGUUCAUCUAGGAAAUGACGGCCGUUCUUGGUACUUUCUUAUUCAUGUCCGUUAUUCUUUUACCUGAUUUCUAGACUUUGUUGUUUUUUCCGUUUUAAUGUUGCGUUCAUUGAGAUUUUAGGACGCAGAAUACCUUGACUCGCAACAUGCUAGAUGCGAUGCAUACACUCUCUACGUUCUUUCCAGUCUUGAAGGCAUUCAAUUCGAUUGUUAUAAUAGUAACUUUAUCCUGAUCAAUGAAAAAUCCUGAUGUGAAACUUACUUGAACAUUACGAUUGGGUGUCGAGUAGAGCUGCGCUGUGCAGCCGGGUUGACUGGCUGUGCCCAUGCGUAUCUCAAUGAGCCGUUACUGGAACGGCGCCUUUAUAAUGCGUCAUUUUCCAGUAUUUAUUAAAUAGUCUAUUCCUUUUAUUAUAUUUUUUGUUAUUCUUUAUCUACGGUUUCCUAGUUCGAAUGAAUUUGUUAGGUCUCCACACGCUGUUUUAUUCAUCGCAAAUACAUUCACAAUCCCAUCGAAAAAAGGAUCAUGCAUGAGGAAGUUGUUAACCCGCAAAUGGAGUCCGUAGACCCUAAUGAUGCUGAGGAUGUUGCCCAGGAUGGCGGACUGUAUCCUUAUUGUUGCGACUGCUCCGUCCUCGAGCCCGCAGGCAGCGGCGUAAACGACUUCUGCCGUAAUUGUCUGCUGAAGGAGAUGUCCUCGGUGAUGCAGCCUCCAGGCCUCGCCAGCGUCGUCGUGGAGGAGCAAAGCGUCACCACUGGUUGCGACUCGGAGCGAUAUACACUUACGCGUUUGGUAAUGCAGCUUCCGCAACCGGCUAGCGUCGUCGCGGCGGAACAUAGCCCAGAGGAUAUUAAGCCGACACAAUAAUUUCUCUCGCCCCCGUGUAUGAAGCCAGUUCCAUAGAACUCGUUCCAGUCAAGGAAUCUUGCGUUCUCUUCGUUCUACAGGAUAUUAUUUUUAAUCAUACGAAACUCAUUAACUUAUUUUGUUCCUGCAUUAAUUCAGCCAAACUAGAAGCAACUUGAUUAUGUAUAGGUUUCUUUAACCAAAAAAUUUAUCUGGUAGUGCGCCAUAGCUUCACGAUCUGUUAGUAAUUUCUAGUACUAUUAGCAUUACCAAUUUUCUAAAGAACGAUCUUUUUGACUGGUGUGUAACUAGUAUUAAAAAUAACGGCUCAGUGGUUUGAAGAACGUCGCACUUGUUGAGCACUACUUAAGAAUUAAUUAGCACUACAUAAGAACUAGUGAGCACUACUUAGGAACUAGUUAGCACUACAUAAGAACUAGUUAGCACUACAUAAGAACCAGUGAGCACUACAUAAGAACUAGUGAGCACUACAUAAGAACUAGUGAGCACUAGCUGAGCGUCACUAGAGA